AUGGGAGAUCAGGAUGCAGGUGAACCCUUUCUGGAGACUGUGGCUGGUGGUGCCACAGACUACGAAGGAGCUCUGCCCUCAGACACAGUGUCGCUCAGCGAUUCUGAUUCCGAUGAUUUGGGGUUAGCGGAUGAAGCGGAAGUUGAUACAAUAUCUCCUGAGGAGCCAUCUGUAGAUGAUGGGGAUUACAGAUCAGGGGAGACCCCUGACUCUUCAAACAGCUGUCACAGAUCUCCUGUCCAGCCGUUCCAUCUGAGGGGCAUGAGUUCUACGUUCUCUCUCCGUAGCCAGAGCAUUUUUGAUUGCCUGGAAGAGGCGGCCAAGUUGUCUGUGCCCUCAAUGCCUGAAGAUAAUGUUGUUGAUGGGAGGUUUAAGCGUCCAUUGCCUCCAAGCACAGUUUCAGGUAGCAUGGUUCCAGAAAGCCUGGGAAAGCAAGCCAAACCAGUGCAGGCUCCCAAAACCUCUCCUGCAGUGCCUGAUUAUGUGGCACACCCAGAGCGCUGGACCAAAUACAGCCUAGAUGGAGUUUCAGAGUCUAGUGACAAGACUAACAGGGCAGUGGCCAUGGAAUUUCUGGAGGGUUUGAAGAAAAGAGGGGAGGAACAAAGCUCAGCUACCCAAGAUGGCUACACCCCAUACUUCAACCAGGACCCUUCCAGCUGUGGAGCUGGGAGGAUUGUCUUCACUAAACCAGCAAAAAGGGGUGUUGAUGGACUGGAAAAGAAAACAUCAGCAGGGGAGGAUAAUAAGAAACACAUGAAAACAGAUCUAAAAGGAAAAUCUUUUAAGAAGACUGAUGACUUGAGGGAGGAAGAUAAGGUAGAGCUGGGGCACUUAGAUAGUGGAAGUGGAAAGGCAACAGAGGAGGAGGAGUGCAUGAUGGUGGGGGACCUGAAUACAGGCAGUAAGCUUAGUGCAAGGUUUAGUGGUGCAGGUGAAGAACCAUCAGUGGAAACAGUUGGAUUCCACUGCAGUAAGAAGAAGAAUAGGAAGAAUUUCCGACCUAAAGUAGAUGAUGAAGGGGAGGAGGAAGAGUCCUGA